UUCGCAGGCGGAUGGAUGCGCACCAGCCUCGGGGUUUGUGAGCAACUCGACAGGACAGUGCAGGACUCUUGAUUACAGGCGAUAAAGACUUCACGUCAAAUCACCAAUGAAAACUCGGUAACGUGGAUUUGUUGGUCAGUACAUAUCUGCGGAUCGAUGAAUACACCGUCGUUUCGCUGAACUGCAAUCGAAGGGAAAUGUAUACUGCGACACAUCGCUGCAUAUAAACACCCCGUGACCGAAACGUAGCAUGCGUGUGCGUACCCCCGGAGGAGCCUGGCUUCUCUUCAUCAUCGUCACACUGAGGAUGAUGGAGGAUUCUGUGCUCCAUGCAGAAGUGAAGGAGGGAGAUGUCCUACCGCCCACUAUUCACAAGCUGAUGAAAGGAUACAACAAAUACCUCAGACCCUUCUUUGACAAUGGCCCUGUUACAGUGGGAAUGAGUCUGGAUAUCGCCAGCAUUGACACAAUAUCAGAGAUCAACAUGGACUACACUGCCACCAUAUUUCUGCGGCAGCGCUGGACAGACGAGCGCCUGUGUUUUAAUGGGAAUAAGAGUCUCAGUCUGGACGGCCGCCUGGUCGAGCUGCUCUGGGUGCCAGACACCUUCAUCGUGGACUCAAAGAAGUCUUUCCUCCAUGACAUCACAGUGGAGAACCGGCUGAUCCGGAUCUUUCCGAACGGGACGGUUCUGUACGCCCUGAGGAUCACCACAACUGUGGCCUGCAACAUGGACCUGACCAAGUAUCCGAUGGACAAGCAGACCUGCACUCUGCAGCUGGAGAGCUGGGGCUACAACGUUAACGACAUGAUGUUUUACUGGACCCGAGGGAACGAGUCGGUCAGCGGCCUGGACACGCUGCAGCUGGCCCAGUACACCCUGGAGGACUACUACACCUCCGAGUCUGAGGCUGUGUACGAGACAGGGAACUACCCCAAACUGAUCUUCCACUUUCAGCUGAAGAGGAGCAUUCUGUACUUCAUCCUGGAGACCUACGUCCCCUCCAGCCUGCUGGUGGUGCUGUCCUGGGUCUCCUUCUGGAUCAGCCAGUCCUCAGUCCCUGCCCGCAUCUGUAUAGGCGUGACCACAGUGUUGACCAUGACCACUCUGAUGAUGGGUGCACGAACCUCUCUACCCAACGCCAACUGCUUCAUCAAGGCCAUCGACGUCUACCUGGGAAUCUGCUUCAGCUUCAUUUUUGGGGCUCUGAUCGAAUACGCUGUGGCUCACUUCUGCACCCUGCACCAGCCCAACCAAGCCAAUGCACUGAUGUAUGGACAGGAGAUGCAGGAGAGAGAGGAUGAGAUGAAUGGCAUCAUCACGGCGAUCAGUAGCUCAAAACUCAGAGCGAAGAAACACCAGGUAGCACUGGCCACCAGAGGGAGCACCACUGAGAGUGACCCCGCCACAGAAAGCCGACCUGAGCCACAGGGCUGCUGCUACAAGUCCCUGUCCCUCCUCAAGAGGGCACUGUGCUUCCUGAACUUCUGUCGGGUGGAGAACCCGCACUACAUAGAUAAUUACUCACGCAUGUCCUUCCCUCUGUCCUUCAUCGUCAUCAACUUCCUCUACUGGACCUACUACCUGUACCUGUAACACCUGUGUGCUUAACAAUGUAUCUUUCACAAGAGUGUGUGUGUGUGUGUUUAUCUCUGUUUGUGUGUGUGUAUGUGUGUUUGUAUGGAUGCUUGAGUAUCUGUGCUGGAAGUGCUUGUAUGUGUUUUG